AAUGAUUAACCCUGUUUCCAAACAAGAUUUUCAAUUGGCUCCUUCGACAACACUCUCAAAUCGCAGAGAAGAAGAAGGAAGAAACCAGAUUUUUCUCCCUCUCUCUCUCUCUCUCUCUCCAAUGGCGAAACUUACGACGGACUCACCUAUCUGCCGGAAAAUUGUCCUUUCAUUCUUGGAUUUUCUCGAUUACGUGGAGGUUGCUCCAGGUGUUGAUGAGGAAGGGCUUGAGGUUGCUAGAGAAUGUUUAGGUGAAGCGUUUAAAGUGAAUUCAGAUUCUUCGAGAGAUGAUCGUUUGAAACCUGUUUCACUUGUCAAUUUGUUCACUUCAUUGGACCAAAGUGAACCUCUAGAAAACAUACCACCACCACCAUCAUCAUCAUGGCCACCACCACCACCAUCAUCAUCAUGGCCACCACCACCACCAUCAUCAUCAUGGCCACCACCACCACCACCUGUUGCUGCUACUCAGGAUCCUAGUUCCUCCUCAGGUUCUGACUUUUUGGGUUCUCAUGUCUCUGUUGAUACGAGUAAAGAGCCUAUUUUUACUGGGACUUCUAGAGAUGAACUGUUUGGACAACUCUUUGGUGCACUUGAGAAAGUACGGUAUUUCAGGAAUACACCUGAGGGAGAUGAUGAUCCUGCUCAGCUGGAAAAAGCUACAAGAAUAUUUCAUGAUGCUGUCAAUGAAAUGGAGAAGUCUGGAUGCCAGACCUUUGAUGUGAAAAGCUUGGCAGAAACACUCAAGUGCCAAGGUAACAAGGCUAUGCAGUCAAAUCUUUAUCUGGAGGCAGUUGAGCUGUAUUCUUUUGCAAUUGCACUGACGGAUAAGAACGCUGUUUUCUACUGUAACAGGGCUGCUGCAUAUACCCAGAUCAACAGGUGCUCGGAAGCAAUUAAGGACUGUCUUAAAUCCAUUGAAAUUGAUCCAAAUUAUAGUAAGGCGUACAGUCGUCUUGGGUUAGCAUAUUAUGCUCAAGGAAAGUAUGCUGAUGCCAUCGAGAAAGGGUUUAAGAAAGCUUUGCAGUUGGAUCCGCAUAACGAAUCUGUGAAAGAAAAUAUCAGGGUGGCUGAACAAAAACUAAGAGAAGAACAACAGCGACAGAGACGCGGUCAGAAUACAAGCACAGGUCACAAUCAAGAACCGGGAAUGGGAGGAGGACAGGGAAUACCAUCACAGUUCUCAAUGCCUUUAAACCCCGAUUUGAUGAGCAUGUUCAUGAACAUGGCGGGAAACACAUUCCCGGGAUAUCAUUCUCAUAACGAGGGAGGAGCAGGAGCAGAUGGAAACAGAAAUGGUUCGGAUGAGCCUGAGAUUCGUGUAGGUGGGAAUAUCAACAUCGAUCUCGGAGGCACAGAGCAAAUGCCAGAAGACUUAUCAGGUGCAUUACGAUCAAUGAUGCAGAUGUUUGGAGGAGGAUCACAGGGAGGCACUGGUACUAAUAAUCCUCAAGAUACUAAUGGUGCACAUGGAAGACCAUCUGGGAAUCAACCUUAGAAUCACAUGACUCUAUUCUAUGAUGUUAAUUUCUGAGUUUGUGCUACAAAGACUUUGUUAGGUACAUUUGAACUUUAACAUCAAAAAUGUAGUGAAGUGACAUGUUAUUACAAAAUGAUGAAGGGAUACUAUUGGCUU